CUCUACCGAUAUUGAAUGGUUUUUUCCAUGUGCACGUUCACCUGUUUGCUGCUCACCAUAAGAUCGUCCGCGGGAGAAGUGCCAUGACGUCCACUGAUACAACAAUCACUUCCAGUUUCAGCGAAGUGAGACCAUGACACGAGGUCCUUUGCUGCUGCUGCUAGGCUGCAUCUCAAGUGCUUCUGCGACAACGUACUCCAUCACAUCGUACUACGCUGGAGCUGCUCGAAAUGCGACGCCUUACUUCGUUCUUGUGGAAGAAUCAUCUGAGUGCGCGAUCGAAAUGCGAGCCGUAGGAGACGAUUCCGACAAGACGUUGGUAGAGUGCUCUACCGACUACGUUGCUUCUGUCGGAAAGCAGUUUGGCAGCUCUCCGUACAUUCUUCAAGUCCAGUUCGACAGCUCCGAGUGCACCAAGUUUUCUUGGAGUUCCCGUAUCCGCCAAACCCUCGAGAUCCAUUCCUGUGACGUCAACUGGCGCAAAUGGUACAGCAACAGUGACACCCGUCGAUUGACAACCACCAGCGAGUCCAGUGGCGCCGGUGUCGUUACUCCUGAUGUGGGCUCCACCUCAACGUCGACUUCAGCUUCAGAAAAUACCGACCCAACCAGCGACACCACGACCAAUUCCGGUACAGUUGAUAAUGGUGGUUCCUCGAGUACAGGGAGUGAAAGCAAGCUCUCUAGCAGCUCCAAGUCGGGCAAUGGAGGCUCAAGCAAUGGAUCGUUUCCGGUAUCGGACGCGUCUGGUAGCAGUAUCAGCACUGGUGUGAUCCUUGCUAUUGUUGGUGGGUGCAUCGCUGUCAUGGUCGUUAUCUGUGCUGUUCUGCUUUCUCGCCGGCGUCUCCGUGGGAAGGACGAGUUUACUCUGCAGCCCUCAGAGACUAUACAGUACACGGACAUGACUUCACCGAAAGGAAAAUCGCGAGGACAGACGAGAUUGUGGGACGACGAUGUCAUCACUGCUAAAAGAAUCUCCCGCGAGGAGAUUCAACUUCGUGAUCUCAUCAGUCGAGGUGGGAACGGAGAAGUCUACGCCGCAGUCUUCCACGGACGUGCAGUUGCCGUCAAAAUGCUGCUCCCCGCUACUCGCGCCGAGAUCAAACACGUGAACGAAUUUCUAGCGGAAGCCAAGAUGGCUGCGACGAUGGACCACCCACGUGUUAUCUCGCUCGUCGGAGUAGCGUGGAACGCGCUCUCCGACCUUUGUGUCGUGUUCGAGUACAUGGACGGCGGCGAUCUGCGGACUCUGCUGGACAAGUAUGAACGUUCAGGUCAUCAAGCUGGAAUCGACUUCCAGAAGGCAACAAUCGCGAUCCACAUCUGCCAUGCGCUGACGUAUCUGCACUCGCUGAUGCCUUCAGUUAUCCAUCGAGACUUGAAGUCACGCAACGUGCUGCUGAGUCGUAAACUGGACGCCAAACUCACAGACUUCGGUAUCUCGAGAGAGCGUCUGGACGCGACUAUGACAGCAGGUGUCGGUACUUCGUUGUGGAUGGCUCCAGAGGUGAUGAUGGGAGAAAGAUACGACGACAAAGCGGACAUCUUCUCCCUCGGCGUAUUGCUGUCGGAACUGGACGUGCACUCGAUCCCGUACUCAAAUGUGAAAACGACGAUGUCGGACGCAGUUCUGUUGCACCAAAUUGUUGAGGGCAAGAUUCGUGUGGCGUUUUCGCAAUUCAGUCCACGUGAGUUUUGGGAUCUGGGCCACGCGUGCACAUCAGUGAACCCUCGUGAUCGUCCGACUGCGGCCGAAGCGCUGUACAAAUUGCAGAUGAUCCUCUCAAACUUGAAAAACAGUCAAGUUGUGGACUCGCGUGCAAGCUAUGUGCUUUAGUUCCGUGUUCGGCUUGAGAUGUGGCUGAGCUGUAUCGUACAGUUCAGUAGCUACUUGGAACGUUCGUGUAUGCCGACAAUCCAGUCAUAGCCCACUGCGAGACUCCGUGUAGGCAUGUGAUUAGUACCGGCAAGGGAGAUUUAUCGUUGUCUUAGCUAAGCUCUUUGCGGUCCGUAAAAAAAAUUCUCGGCCUCA